CGUGUCGGAAUGCAUUAGACAGCACUUGGCACAGGAUAGGGGUGUCCGACUGUUAGGAAUCGGGACAUUCUAUGUUCUUAAAGACUACAUGCACACUGUGAACAGCGAGGUUUUGAUUGUUCAGAGACCCAUGUUUCAUAUGUCCAAGGUGGUUGCAGAUGAAUGCAACCUCAGCUACGCUGAAGAAGAUGCUCCUGCUGAUGUAACAGUUGUCCCUCUGAGGUGUGAGGAGCUCUCCGUGUGUGCCCAACUACCUUUUACAACGGUGCAAUGUUGUGUAUAUGAGACUGUGACAUCAUUCUUUCGGGCCACCUCUAAAAGACAGGACACAGACUUUGUCUUCAAGUCCAUCGGCUUUCUUUCCAUACGAAACAGGGAAGUCACUAUGAGAUUUUUUGAUGACUUUCUCCUCACUGUGGAUGGCACUGGAAAGCUGCUGGAAGCCCUUCUCAGUGUGAGUUGAUCCCUUCCCUGUGCUAUACCUCAUCCUUCCGGACACCUGUCAAAGGAUGACUGACCUGAUUUCUGGUGGCCUGUCAGGACCCUCCUGGCCACUGGGGCGGUCAUGGUCUACAGCAGUGCCAACUCUGUAGUGUCCUGCUCUCCUACGCAGUGGUAUAGUUGACAUAGAGAAUC